UCCAAGAUGGCGAACAGAACAGUGACAGAUGCGAAGUCUGUAAAAGGAACAAACCCGCAAUAUUUGGUUGAAAAGAUUGUCAGAACUCGAAUAUAUGAAUCGAAAUAUUGGAAAGAACAAUGUUUUGCUUUGAGUGGUAAGUCAUCAUAUGGAGAUCCAAGUAGAUUUUAUUUUAUAUAAAUAAUAUAAUAAAUAUAUAUUUGAGAGUAGCCCUGGGCCAUUCCAUUUAAUAUACACACCCCCCCCCUAUGGAUGAGGUUUUCUGAGGGGUUGUCUGAAUUUUGACAAAAUUCUUAAGGGUUGCCUGUAAAUUAUUAAAAUUUCUUAAGGGUCAUCUCUAAUUUACUAAAAUUUCUUGACGUUUAUAACGUUAAGGUUUGUCCACCAGGACGACGAAUUUCUGGGGAAUCGUGCACAUCUAAACAAUCAAACGUAUUAUUAAAAAAAUACCAGAUAUUAAACGUGUCAAAAACACAAAUAGAUGGCUUUAUUCUAUAUUCGCCAGAGGUUGGGUUUAUAAUUAUUGUAGAAACCCUCUAAAAUUGUGAGGGGUUGGCUCUCAAAAGCUUUGUUUCUGAGGGGUUAAUAUUUUGUAUGUAAAUUUCUUAGGGGUCGCUUUUCAUAAAUGGCAAUUUCUGAGGGGUCAGAAAAAUAGCAACCUCAUCCAUAGGAAUUUCUGAUGAGUAUGACCGUUUGGAAAAAAAAUUCGGACGGUUGUCUAUGAAAAUCCCAUUUCUUAAGGGUAGGCGUGUCGAACCGCAGUUGAUUUCUGAGGGGUCUCAAAACUAUCAGACCUCAUCCAUAGGGGGGUGUGUAUAUUAAAUGGAAUGGCCCCCUGUCUGCUGAGCAGACUAACCAUACUUUUGUAGCUACUGUACAGUGUAUAGUUUGCUGGCUUACAGUAGUAGCUUAUAGAGUCUAUAGAUUUGGGAGUUCCAUUUGAGAGGCUUGGAUACCUAUGGUAAAAGUGUAAACAUUUAUAAAUUCAUUGAUUGCAAACUGUAGUUGGCCAGUGGUAAAAAAAAAUGCUGUGGUUAUUCAUCUGACACUGGAUCCCAAUGUUUGACUACUUUUUGCUGACAUAAUAUUACCAUAUGUGUACAUAAACAUCCUUGCUGUUUUACACAAUAAAUUUUAUUACCUGAAUCCACAACUAAGGGACCGUUGACAAAUAGAUUUCGUCCCGCAUUGUGGACUUGGGCCGCGAUGGGGGGAGGGGGGUAGAUUAGAAUCUGCGAUUACAAAAUAUUUGGGAUGAAAAUGACUUUAGAAAUAUAAUACGAAGAUCAGAAGAAAAUGUAGUACAUUUUAAAUAAUAUACUCACAAAAAGUUCGGAGGCAAAAAGCGGACACAGCUCAACAACAAUACUUCGUUUGAUAUAUUUUACAUUUCGAAGUACAUAACCUAUGCCCGAACCCAUUACGUUUAAUUCCGAUUUGAUGUGUUGCCGCUGGAAUAAUUGAUCACGGCCGAAUAUUUUGUGUUGACUUUUCUGACUAUAAAGUUCGCAGUUCGACACAACCUUUCUUUCGUUCAAUCGUAAAUAUUGCAUUUGUGGACAACAAAUCGGGUAUUUAUUUAAAUUUUAUGUUGCUUACAACUGCUAAACAAUACGGAAACUAGUUUUUAUUUAUUAGAAGCUGAUUGUAAUGUUAAAAGUCAGCAUUACAUACUGUAUUCUUGCCUAUAGUAGACCGCUCACAGUCAUAUUUCGGAUAAAAUUUUGGACCAUAAUUUCGAUUCUCUUUGAGGUUUUUACUUGUCCGCGAUGAGGUAGGGGGGGGGGAGGGGGUUCAAACAAUCGCGGCCCAAGUCGACGGCCCCUAACCCAGGCCCCAACAAAAAUUUGCGCUGCCAGACCAGGGGCCGGUUGUACGAAGGCCGGAUAGCGCUAUCCACCGGAUAGUGAUUUUUCAAGCUUUGUUUUAAAUCAGUCGUUGAUUGGUGUAACUCAUAUUAAAGUUUAGUAUUUAUAAGUUAAAUGUUUUUCAUACUUCUUAUGUCGUCUAUAUCCGUAGUUUCACAGUUUUUCAAGCAUUUUUUCAAAGGUUGAAAAAAUCACAAUCCGGUGGAUAGCGCUAUCCGGCCUUUGUAGAACCGACCCCAGAGCCAUAAUUUUUGCACAGUCAGAUGUUAAUAUACACUUAAUGUCUGCUCCCGAGGGAAUCUCAAUGUUUCCCGAGAAUCUCAAUGUUUCCCAAGAUGAAGUCGAGGGAAACAUUAAGAUUUGAGGGAAAACAAAACUAACUAUUUCCCGAGGGAACAGGCAUUAAGUGUUUUGUUAUAUAGCGAUGAACAAAAAUCAACUUCAACAACAUUCAUACAACAAUUGUAUUUCGGUAACACAGGUAAUAUAACUGUAACACAGGUAAUAUACUGGACAAAGACGUCAAGACAGAGUUUAUAUAAGUACUAUUUAAUAUUGAAAUAUUUGCUCACUUUCGAUUGUAUAAUUAAAUUAACUAUUUAUUUGAAGAUAAACAUAACUUUAAUAAUAUGAAUUGAUUUUCUAAAAACAUGUCCGCUUUCAUAUCAUCUGUUCAACAAUAUACUACAUUGAUCUCCUUCGACUGAACGCGUUCACGAACGAAAUGAUGGCAAAUGUCAAUAUGUUUUGUUCUAUUAUGAUAUUUGGCAUUCUUCGCCAAUUCUAUUGUUCCUUGGUUGUCUUCGAAGAUUGUUAUCGGUUUUCUGAUUUUAAAUCCAACGUCAUAUAACAGUCUUUGUAACCAUAUUGCUUCUUGCGCGGCUAAACUUAAGGCAAUAUAUUCUGCUUCUGUUGAACUCUUCGCGACUGUCCUCUGCCUUUUGCUCGACCAACUAACUGUGCUAUUAGCAACUUGAAAUACAUAACCUGAUGUUGAUCUACCAGACUAGUAUUAAUAUCUCCUGCCCAGUCAGAGUCUGAAUAACCGACUAGUGUAGGGUUUUCAUCUGCUGAGUAUUUCAGGCCAUAAUCUAAAGUUCCUUUAAGAUAUCCUAAUACACGUUUCACUCCGAUCCAAUGAUCUUUGCUAGGUUUUGCCAUAAAUUGUGAAAGUGCUCCCACUGCAGCUGAGAUAUCUGGUCUUGAAAUCACUGAAAGAUAGGUUAGGCAUCCCAUCGCUUGCUGGUAUGUUUGUGUGUCAACUUUUUCAUCGUCAUUUGACAACUCUGAAAACUUUGUCGCAGGUUCCAGUGGUGUUGAAACCGGUUUACAUGAUUCUAUUCCGAAUUUGCUUAGGACUCGUUCCACGUAAUUACGCUGACUGAUUGUAGUAACUCUGGCUUCUCGAUCUCGUUUAAUCAGCAUUCUCAAUAGGUAAUGAACUUCACCUCUGUCAUCCAUCUUAAAUCUUUCGCUGAGCGCUUUCUUCUCUGAAUUCAGCAUUUGGAUAUCGUUGGAAACUGGAAUUAUAUCGUCCACGUAAACUCUGAGUAUCACAAAACUUAUUCGACCACCGUCCUUUUUAACCGAUUUAACAUAAAUGCAACCAUCUGCACACUUUUUCUGUAUCCUCUCGACUUUAAGUAUCCAUCGAGCGUGUCAUUCCAACAGCGUGCAGACUGUUUGAGACCGUAGAUACUUUUCUGCAGCUUACAAAGAUAAUCUGGUUUGCCUGGAUCAACAAAACCUUCCGGUUGUUCCAUAUAAAUGUCGCAAUCAAUGUCGCCAUUUAAAAAAGCAGUUCGAACAUCCAUUUGGUGGACUUCGAGAUCAUAUUCGUUGGCUAAUGCCAGUAAUGUACGUAAAGAUGUAUGUCUGGCCACGGGGGAAAAUACUUCGUCAUAAUCAGCUCCUUUUGUUUGGGAGUUUCCUUGAGCUACAACUCUCGCUUUGAAACGAUCAAUUGAUCCAUCUUCUUUCCGCUUUAGCACCCACCGCGAUACGACUACGUUUUGAUGAUCACAGGGAGGAACCAAUUCCCAUGUAUCAUUUUCUAGUAAUGAAGAAUAUUCUGAGAUCAUCGCGUCUUUCCAUUCCUUCGCAUACUUCCCAUUCAGCGCUCUUUGGACACUUUCUGGAUCAUCAACUUAGAUAGAUAGAUAGAUAGAAAAACUUUAUUUAAACACGCUGACCCCGUCAACCGAAGCUGAUUUCCACGGGGGGCGUGUGCAAACUAUACAGAUACACUAAAAAGCUAUUUACAAAAUUAUAUAAGAUAUAUAGUAUUAAAUAAGUUAAAGUAAUUUAGAUAUAUUUACAAAUCAUUAAUCAAUCAGUCAAUGUGAGUAACGAUUUUUUUCCGAAAGGCAGAAAGGGAUUUGCUCUCUCUAAUUUCUUUUGGAAUUGAAUUCCAUAGGUGUGCUCCGUAAUACAUGAAACUUUUUUUCAUAUUAUUAGUACGCGGUUGUGGUAGACAAAGACCACUUGAAAUAUCUCGGAGGUGAUACUUUGUUUUCUCACCUUUAUAUGUGAAAAGAUUAGAGAGUGACUUGGGACCCAUUUUAUUUAAUAAUUUGUACAUUAUUUUUGCUUUCCCUUUCUUUCUUUCUGUUUUAAGUGUCUUCCAACCCAAUGCUUGCAGAGCAACAGAAUGAUCUGUGUCAUUGCUCAUAUUCAUAAUGAUUCGAGCAGCUCUAUUUUGGAGUUUUUGGAGUCUUUUUGAUUGUGUCUCACCAAACACAUCCCAUACUUCACAGCUUCACUUCAGAUGUUAAAGACUCAACUACUGGACAUGCAUUGUCUCUCGGAAUCACACUUACUCGGAAUCAUACGCUGUCUUACGGGACCUAAAUUUUUCACGUUUUCCAUAAACCGCUCUUCGUAUGUUUUCGAAGUAGAUGGGGUUUCACUUUCUCCCACUGGUUCGUCGUUCUCUGGAUUAACGGGCUGCUCCAUGGUUUCAUUCAAGUUAAUGUUUGUUCCAACAACAGGAUCAACUCUGAACUCAUCCUGAUCUUCGUUGAAGGUUUGAUCAAGUUCAUCAUCAACUCUAUCUAGAUCAAAUAACUCAACAGUUUGUUUUUCAUCAUCCGGAACUUCAAUUCUCUCUUGCUGCUCGAACACAAAGUCAUUCUUUGGGUUCUCAAAAUUAUGAAAUUUCUUCUCUAAGAAUUGAACAUCUCGACUUAUCAUCAACUUUCUUCUUUUAACAUCAUAAACUUUGUAUCCUUUUGUGCCAGUAGGAUAGCCAACAAAUAUAGCUUCAUAAGACUUUUGGUCUAAUUUUCUACGAUUAGUGUCCGGGAUAUGAACAUAGCACAUACAUCCAAAGACUUUAAGAUUAGAAACAUCUGGUUUUUCACCGAAAAGGCAUUCAUGAGGGGUUUUGUCCUUUAAUGCAACUGUAGGACUUCGGUUAUGUAGGUACACGGCUGUAUUGCACGCUUCAGCCCAGAAGACUAGGGGCAAAUUUGCAUGAUAUAUCAUGGAUCUUGCAGAUUCUAAAAUCGUACGGUUUAAUCUUUCUGCCACACUGUUUUGUUCAGGGGUGUAAGAACAAGUGAAUUGUUGGACAAUGCUAUUCUCUGUACAGAAUUUGGAGAAACUGUUCGAUUUGUACUCACCGCCGUUGUCGCUGCGCAGAAUCUUCACUUAUUAUGAUUUCCAUCUUGAUUUUCAACAUAAUUCACAAACUCCUUGAACUUAGUAAGUGCUUCAUCUUUCUUCUUAAUAAAGUAAGCAACAGCAUAUCUGUCAUAGUCAUCAGUAAAUGUGACCAAAUAACGGCUACCGCCAAUCGACUCAACUUGCAUUGGUCCACAUAUGUCAGUAUGUAUGAUUUCAUAAGGUCUGCUUGCCCUAUGUAGACUUGCUUUUGGAAAGGGAUUCUUAUGCAUCUUUCCCAUUGAACAUCCUUUGCAAUCUUUCUCCACUUGUUUACUUUCAUCAUACAUCAUUCCGGUGACCAUAUCAUUCUUCAUCAGUUGAUUAACAUAUCCAUUGUUUAGAUGACCAAAUCUCUGGUGCCAUAUAUCCAAGGGUUCAGUUGUAGGAUGGGCAAAUUCAACUGGAUUAACAGUAUACAGCAUACCAUCUACCAAUUUACCAAUCACGUAUUCUUUUUCUUCUUUGGAAACAACACAUUUUUCGUCAUCGAAUGACACUUUAGUUCCCAUUGAAGCCAUUGCAGGCACAGACAAUAGGUUUUUUGCUAACAUCGGCACAUACAAUACUUUGUGUAACUCCAAAUAGAAUGUAUUGUCAUUUUGAGUAUAUAACUUAACUAUUCCUUCACCCAGGGCUUUGAUACAGGUAUUGUCACCCAAAUAAAUAUUCACCGGUGUUUGGUAUUGAGUGUAGUUGAUGAUAUUAAGGUCCUGAAUCCACAUACUAUUCAUUUGAAUUUCCUGUGCUUGAAAUCAGUGCUACUCCACCACCUUCCGCAAGCUUCGAAUGUUCCCCUUUGUUUCCACCUUUUCUAUUGUUGAGUGGACAGUUCCUGGCGAUGUGUCCAGCUUUGUUACACUUAAAGCAUAAAAUAUUUCUUGCUCUUCCGUCAUCACGUUGUGUGCUACUGGUGUCAAUGCAUCCCCACCUUUAUUGGUGUUCCAUGAUGGCUUAUAGUCUACAAGUGUCCAAUUUCUAGAAUGUUCACCAUGUCUUCUUCGAUCAUAAUUUCUUCCUCUGCUCAUGUAUGACUUCCUGUUUGUAAGCAAUGCAUUGUCACUCUUGUUACUCUCAAAUUUUUCCUUUGUCUUCAAAUACUCUUCUAUUAACAAUCCCUUUAUAUUGUCCCAUUCCAACUCUUCAGCUUUCCUCGCAUUCAAACUUGUGAGGAGAUUAUCAUAUGAUUCGGGUAAACUGCCUAGCACCACAGUAGCGAAUUUCUUUGAUGAUAUAUCUUCUUCCAUUUCACGCAGUUGUUCUGCCAAUGAUGUCAUAUAGGUCAUGCAGGUGUUUCAUAAGAUCUCCACCUUCUUCCAUGGUGGCUGCAUAGAAUUUACGAUUCAAACGCACGACUUGGGUAACAGAUACAAACUCAAAUUGUUUUUGCAAGUUCGUCCAUGCUGCUAAAGGAUCUGUCGUACUCGAAAUGUGUAUUUGCAAGUGUUUCUCGACGUUUAAGGCAAUCAAAGAAUAGGCUUUAUCUGAUCGCAAAUGGAAAGCAUUCUUUGCAGCAUUUGUCGCAUUUUCGUCAGGAGAAAUUUCUUUGCCUUCUUGUGUAAAGCCCCAAAGGCCACGUUCCAUAAGAACUAGCUUGACAUUGUAUUUCCAAGACUGAUAAUUCUUGCCAUUUAGCUUAUCGAUCUUCGUAAUUUCCGCCAUAUUAGACUCGAAGUAUUUUCACCAAAAUUUCCGCCAAACAGGACAAAUAAACACGUUUUAAUUCAAUUCCACACGUCCUGGGCCCAUAACCUAUUGAAAUAUUCGCUCACUUUCGAUUGUAUAACUAUUUAUUUGAAGAUAAACAUAACUUUAAUAGACUUAAUGAAUUGAUUUUCUAAAACAUGUCCGACCGAAUGUACACAUCAGAGAAGAGAAUCUCAUUAAUCUUUAACCAAUCAUAUUUAGCGUUAUAGAAUUUGGCGGGAACUUAUUAUUCUUAACAUUUAAAGCACGCGUAGGAGUGUUGUCGAAUAUCGGAUAUCGAAUAGGCUGUUGCGGUAUUGGGAAAUUUUGAUAUACCGAUAUCGAAAAAAAAAUAUAAAAAAUUAACUCAUUAAGCCGCAAUGCGUCUGUAUGCGCCCUGAGAUUGAUAUUGACUAUAUCAAAAAUAUGCAAAUUGGGUCAUUGCAGAAAAUAUCCAUCUCCCACGGAGGAAAUUGGAAGUUAACCCCCUACCCCCUUCGGAUGUCCUUAAAUGUACUAUUAUCAGAAACAAUUUUUCUCUCCUCCCGCUCCGGAGAGUGUGGAACUUUUCUUAGCCUGAAAACAGACCUACGUUUCACUCGUCCUAAAAUUCGCUGGUCGACGAAGGGCGAAAUGUAGGUCUGAUGAAAAUGUUGUCAAAACGCUGUGGAAUCCGACCGCCUGGUGGUCGGGAUAGCUGAUUGGCUAAUUCACAGGGAAAUAGGUUGUGAUUGGUUGGUCGCUAACAUGAAAAGAUUUGAAAAGAUCAGAAUAUAUUUCAACGGUAAAUCAACUCAUAUAAUAUGCAUACAGUGUGAUAUUCUAAAUAUUUUGUGAUAUCUAACAACAACUAGUCUAUCGGUGUCUACCGUCUAAAAUUAAAACUGGAGGGAAGUAGAGCAGUACAUGUUAAAUACUUCACCGUUUUUACACAAUCUAAGUUGUCUACGUUUUGUGAUUAAUCAUAAUCAUAAUAAAACUGAUACAAAUAUGUGUGCAUUCAUGAUUUAAAUUUUGAUAACAUAGCACAUACAAAAUAUUUUAUUUAGAUUUUCCAUUGUAUGGCGAUUUCAAAAUGUAUAAAUUGUAAUAGUUGCGAUGCAAUUCAACAAUAGGACAUGGCCAUAAUGCCAAAUUUGUGUAUACAGAUUUUAUCGCAUUUAUAAAAUGUGUUGAAAAUGUUGUAUUAUUACUAGCUGGACAGGCUGUGGUUACCAAUACUUUAAAUAUUUAUUCAAAUAUCUGUACUUAUCGACUCUUACUUUGUUUACAAACUUUCAAUAAAGUGAAUCGACAACUUUCAUUGUAUUUUUAGGUGUUACAUGUAAAUAUGUCAAUCAUCAUCAUUAAUAAUUGGAAAAUGCAAAGUGGGCGGAAGGCACUUUUGACAACAUUUUCAGCCUCGUACCCAGGCGCAAAUAACGUACUAAAAAUAGCAACACUACAGUGUGUUUAUAUAGAUCAGUGGCUAAGAUCCCGUCGUGUCCUGACCUAGCACCCCUGCGCGCUCGCUCAUCUUAGCCACUGAUCUAUAUAAAAACACUGUAGUGUUGCUAUUUUUAGUACGUUAUUUGCGCCUGGGUACGAGGCUGCAACAUUUUUAUCAGACCCACGUUUUGCCCUUCGUCGACCCGCAAAUUUUAGGACGGGCGAAACGUAGGUCUGUUUUCAGGCUAAUCUUUUCUGGAACAACCCAUUUAAUAGCAAAAUUACGAAAUAUAGUUUAGUCAAUAUACCACAUCACAAACAGCAAAGUAAAUGUAUACCGCAUAAAAAAAGCAAGAAAAAACAAGGUUGCAUGAAACUAAUUAAUUGAAUAUCAAAAGCUUUAUUUAUUACAAUAUGGUCAUUUUAUGAAUGUUAAUUAAAAAGAUUUAUUCACUGUUUUAUACACUGAUUCAAAUAAGUGAACAUUCCAUCUUUAUGAGUCAUGACACAGCUAUUGUUUUCAAGGGUUCAACUGCCGCUUGUGUCCAGUUGUGAUCUUUUGUGAUAAACACUUGCCUGCACACAUGUUUCCUAGAUUGUACCGGAAAAUAAUUUCGAUAAAACCUUUGAUAUUUUUUCGAUAUUUUUGGUAUUCGAAAAAUCGAAUAUCGAUAUUUUCGAAAUUUAGAUAUUUUUAGAGAUAAUCUAAUUGGUGCAACAGUUUGUGAAAAAAAUACUGUGACUUGCCAAUAAUUAUAAAGGGUGCGGAUCGUGGGAACAGGGCCGGAUUAACGUUCCGCGGUGGCCAUGGCAUAUUAUGAGCGUGGGUCCCUUAACCCCCCAACCGCCCAACAGCAUUGAAUUCAGUAUUAUUUUAAUAUUAUAGCAGAUUUUGGUUUCAUUUCCUUGAACCUCGGUCAUGUGCACUUUAACUAAAAAUAAUUUUUAAUUUUUGCAGCUGAACUAUUGGUUGACAAAGCGAUGGGUCUGGAAUACAUAGGAGGAACAUUUGGUGGAAAUAUUAAACCCACACCAUUUCUCUGUCUUGUUUUGAAAAUGUUGCAAAUACAACCAGAAAAAGAAAUUGUUGUGGAAUUUAUUAAAAAUGAUGACUAUAAGUAAGAGAAUAAAUAUUUUGAGAUUUAAUUAACCCAUUGAGCUCCAGUGCACACCAAAUGUGCCACAAUGCACCUUAAUUGCUGUACCUUCUGCACUUGAUUAUUUUGCUUUGUUAUGUUAUGUUAUUUUAUCAAUCAAAGAAUUAAACAAUUUAUAAAGCUUUUGUUGAUAGGAAUGCAACUACUGUACUGUACCUGAGAAUAUAUAAGGAGAAUUUCGACGUUUCGAACAAAGGCCCUUUGCCUGGAGUUACGGUUUGAAUAACUCCAGAGGAAGGGCCUGCACUCAAAACGUUGAAAUUCUUAUAUAUUUUCAGGUGCCAGGUACAGUAGUUUCAUCCUCACCAACGAAAGCUUGUUCAGUCUAUUGGCACUACCAACACUGGCAAAGACAGUUCAAGAGUAACUAUUAUUGUUCUGAUGGCACAGGAACUCACAAAUGAGAAAAACACUGUUGACCUGGCCUUGAUAAUUACUGAUAUUAAUAAAAAAAACCAUUUUCCAGCAUCCCUAACUAAAAGUGUAAUUUGAUUUUAGAUAUGUUCGUGCUUUAGGUGCAAUAUACAUGAGACUUGUGGGAACCUCACUUGAUGUCUACAACUAUCUUGAACCUUUGUUAAAUGAUUACAGAAAACUUAAAGUGCAAAAUAAAAUGGAAGGUAAGCCAGGAUACAAUAAGACUUGCCAUUAAUACAAUAAACUUGUAUCUUCUACACUCAAAUUUGCCUCAAGGCAAGCGCUUGUGGAACAAUAGGACGCAACAGGUGCAUGCUCUAAUGCCUUCCCAUCAAUCAACUAUGAUACAUACUGUACAGAGUCGCUGCUUGAGACGACAGUAUCCCAGAACAGAUGCCAGUCCAGAAGGGACAUGCCUAUGUGUUUUGGCUUGGGAAAAACGUCCGAAAUUUUUUACGUGCUAUGACACCAUCCUGGAGUGCACACGGCACUUUGUACCUUUCCGUGUGCACUCCAAGAUGGCGUCAUAUGAUGGCGUAUUUUCAUGUCAGCACUUAAAAAUUUCAGACGAAAUAUCGUCUAAGUGACACUUCUGGUCUGGUAUCUAUUCUGUGAUACUGUCGUCUCAAGCAAUGACUCUGCACAAUACUGUAAAUAUUCAAUGGAUACAUAUCUUGUGAUAUUUUGUAUUUAGAACAUUUAUAAUAUAUGACUUCUAGUCACUUAAGCAAGUGCAUUUCUGAUGCCCCUGAUAAGCAUCCAUUAACACAAGACAGGGGUGUACUUAUAGGGGGGUGUACAGGGGUGUGCACCCCUGUUGGCCUUGGUCAACAGGGGUGCAAGGGGGGUUGCACAAAAAUCAAAUUCAGAAAUGGCAUAAUGGUUUUAACUUUUUUGAAGUCAAACUGAAGCUCAUAACUCCAUGCCCAUAUCGCAGGAAAUGGCAUUACUAGGUUUCUAAUUUUCAAAAUUUUGCAGGGGGGGGCAUAAUACCCCUGACUCGAGUCAUUAGGAAGCCAGUUCAUUUGAAUGCUCUCCCACCACCCCCUAAAGAAUUAUAAAGAAACACUCGGCUGCUCACCCAGCACCCUCCUAGAAAAACCUUGCUGGAUCCACCCCUGACACAAGAUGUCAUACAGUUCAGCUCAAACAAACUUUCAUUGAGUUUUUAUUUGAGAGUAAUAAAGGGCACGCAUGAAAAAAAAAACAGGAAAGAUGUAGGCAUUAAAUGGCAAGCAUUUAUUUUUCCAUUCAUUGCAUUAACCUUUCCUUACCGUACAUUGUUAGUUAUACAUUUAGUUGUACUCUACUGGAUGUAUUUUGAAACUCGUUUGCAGUGUUUGAGCUGACACAUAUUGAUGAAUUUAUUGAUGAAUUAUUACGAGAAGACAGAGUGUGUGAUGUCAUUUUACCAAGGAUACAGGUAUUUAUUAUAUAGUAGAGAGUGAGAUACUGAAAAAUACACAGUGAGAUAUUUUCCAUAUCUUCACUAGUGAAGAUAUCGAUCACGUGACUUUUAGUAUUUAUACAAUUUUUUGCUUGGGACUAUAUAAAUAGAGAAUAAUACAUGGGUGCGCGGAAAUACC